CAACUUCGAGCCACAUUGAAGAUAAAUAACUUUAAAGGCAUUUAGUCGCUCUGAACGAUGCUCUUCUGCUAUUGUUACACUAGCUAGCAGCUAUGUUGGCAUAUGCUAAUGUUAGCUAACAGUAGCGAGUCGGUACUGCUAGCAGCGGUGUUGUGACAGAGCAGCUCGUUUCAGCUAGAGGUCCAACAACGUGAUUACAGUAACUUGACGUCACAGUUCAGCCUAAUUGAUAAUUGUCCCAUGCUGAAUAACGCCUUUGCUUGCAAACCGGAGUGACGCGAUGUAGUAAAGAGAACCAGAGAGGAGGCGGCUGUGGUUCAGAAAUGGGGGCCCUGAUAUCCCGAUGGAAGACAAAGCCAACCACAGUGGAGCAGCUGGAGAACAUUGACAAGGAGAUCAAAGAGCUGGAGGAGUUCAGAGCCAAAAACCAACGUCUGCAACAGCUGUGGGUCGGCCGCUUGCUCCUCUACUCGUCAGUCCUGUACCUGCUGACCUGCCUGGUUGUGUACUGUCUGUACCUACCUGAACAAUGGAUGCACAGACUAGCCAUGGCUCUGCCUUUCUUCACGUUCCCCGUGCUGGUUUGGUUCGUCAGGAAGUUCUUUUUCUUCCUCUUUUCCAAACGCACUGAGAGAAACAAUGAUAAAUUGGAAGAUUUAAAGGUUUCCAAAAAAAAGAUUCUGGAGGAAGUGAUGGAAACCGAGACGUACAAAAACGCCAAACUCAUCCUGGAACGCUUCGAUCCCGACGCCAAGAGGAAAGCUGAGCUGGAGUCGACUCCGGUGCGUCCUCAGAUGACCCCCCGGCCGGGACAAGAGAUUCGACAGAGAGGGAUGCCGAUGAGACCCCUCCCCAUGGGCACCCCGGGUCCGCUGACAAUGAGCCCCGCCCCCCGGGGACCAGGGGGCACACCUGUGGGUAAGGGGGCCCGCCGAGCUCCAGGAGGACCGCCGGAGAGAUCCGCGCUGUCGGCCUCCGUCCUGCAGGGGGCGAUGCCCAGGACCCCCUGCUCCCCCAUCCCAGGAGCAGGCAUGCACCCACCUGGUCCUCCGUUAGCAAGACCCAUCCUGCCCAAAGACAGAGGAGCCGUGGACCGAGUCAUUGAGUACCUGGUGGGGGACGGACCUCAGAACAGAUACGCUCUGGUCUGCCAGCAGUGUUUCUCUCACAACGGCAUGGCCCUGAAAGAAGAGUUUGAAUAUCUCGCGUUCCGUUGUGCGUACUGCUACCUGCUGAACCCGGCCAGGAAGACGCGCCCUCAGGCUCCCAGGCUCCCGGAGUUCAGCUACGAGAGGAGGCUGCGCGCAGAGUCGCGUUCCCCCGGACCGGCCCCGCGUUCUGGGACGGACACGGAGGAGAGUGCGCCCCCCUCUGGAGCCAAGGCUCCGGCUGCGUGGAAUUUGGUCCACAGUUUCCGGAUCCAGCAGAGUCCAAAGACCCCUCAGAACCGACCUCUGCAGAGUCCAGAUGAGAGGGAGUUGGGAGUGGACGAAGGAGCCUCUAAGGAAGCCCACAGUGGAUCGGAGGCGCAGCAGGCGCAGGAGGAGGAGGAGGAAGAGGUGGUGCAGGAGAAGGAGGAAGAGGUGGUGCAGGAGGAAGAGGUGGUGCAGGAGGAGGAGGAGGAAGAGGUGGUGCAGGAGAAGGAGGAAGAGGUGGUGCAGGAGGAGGAGGAGCUGGAAUCCGAGCAGAAUUGCGGCGCCCCCCGUGAGACGGAGUCUCUGCCUCCGUAGGAGUCCAGAAGAGGACCCUCCGCUCCAGACAGAAGGUGUUUUGCUACUGGCCACGACACACAGGUGUCAUUUUAAAAGCAAUACAGGUGGACGAGGACGGUCACCACCAGAAGUUUGAUUAUAUUGUUCCUCCUUUCAACUAAAACUACACCGGUCCCACUCCCCCAAGCACACAGAGGAGAUUAUGGAGAUGAUGUGCUCAGAGUGUGUCCUCCUCAAUCAAGUAAUGCGCUGUGCUCAUCACAUGGUCCAUUAGAAUCGUCCAAUGAUGGAAGCCAAAGUCCUUCCCAGUUGGAAGCUGUCAGAUCCACGAUUGUCUUUUUGCUCUGUAUGUGGAGCCUCGUUUGUUCUUCAGUAUUGUAGGAUUUACACUAAGGUUCUUUUAGGUCGGCUCUAGUUGUUUGGCUGCUGUAUGAUUUAUUAACAACAUGUUGUGAUUUUAGGCAGAACUGCUGGUUGAUUCUUACUUUAGCAAACUCUAAAUAUCUGGAUUAUUUUCACACGUUAUUGUGACACACAUUCAGGUGUGUAACGUUAUCGUUUUGAGAAUCAGGACGUGAAGGUUUCGAGGUUCUUCACAUCCCACACAAGCUCGUGUCCUACUUUGAAAGCUGCUGGCGUACCUCUCUGAUGACGUUUUAACCACGUUAGGCCACAAGCGGCGUUCUCCUCGUCCGCUGCCCUCAGAUCCCUCGGCUUCCUCUGCUCUGAUGGGAAGGUUUAAUGAAACCGAAGCCUGAUCAGACACCAGUUUGUCUGCAGAGAACCUGUGUUUUUAGACUAUUUUAAAUGUGUGGUAGAAAACUUUCAGCAUCACCCUGUUGCUUCAUUAUUUUAAGAUUUAUUGACAGCACGGAACAUUUUUACCUGCAUCUGGUCUUUGCCAAUCAUUUAUUAUAAACAGUACUUUGCCAAAUGCUGUUGUUUUAUCUGUAUUUCCCUGAUGUCAUUUGCACUGAUUUUCUCUUAAUUUAUUUGGCCGUAUUGUGUUUGAAACCUUUUGUGAGGUAAGAAUCCCGAGUGCAGUCCUGCUUCAGACAACGUGGGGAUGGAUUCUCCUCUUUGCUUUUCUUUCAGUUAGUGCACACCUGCAACCGUGUGAUCCGUAACGUUGGCACACGGUGUUUCUUUUUGUCAUCAAAAGGAUGAGUGUCUAUGCAAAUGUGAAUGUGCGCCACCUGCGUUGUGCAGGCGUGGAACUAGAGGCGCUCAGUGGACAAAAGAGGGUACAACAACACAACAAAACACAUUGAAUCCUUUUUAAAAUAUGUAUUUUUAAUGUGUGUAAUUUUAGGAUUUUCCCACCGAUGUGUUUGUGCGUUUCUAGGUAGUUGUUGAGUUCCUCAAAAACUCACAACUAUCCAGAACAUUUAGGUAAAAGUUUGAAUCGCAGCUGAAGUGCUUUUGGAUGUAGAGAAACCGUGUGAUGAAUUUAAAAAGACUCCAUGACCACAUUUUGAUAUUUGAUGGUUGAAAUGUUUACAGGCUUUUUAUCCCUCAUAAUAACUGCUGGUGGUAAAAGUUCCAAAUAUGAGGCGGUCACUUAUAUUUAAUAUUUAAAAGGUCUCAGAUUCUGCUUUUGGCUCAAGCACAGACUUGUAGUUUUGUUUUGCUGCUCACGUGGACGAAUAAACGCUUCUCAACAAUAAAA